AUGAAGAAUUUCUUCUUGGAAAAGGACCAACUUUUCCAACAAUGGAUGGCACAUGGAUUUCUUCAACCACCGGAAGGAAGUAGUAAGUUAAUGGAGGAUAUUGGCAACGAUAAUUUUCACAUUUUGUUGCAAAAUUCAUUAUUUCAAGACAUUGAGAUGAAUGAUUAUGGCAUCAUUACACAUUGUAAGAUGCAUGAUUUGGUCCAUGACCUUGCACAAUCUAUUUCGAAAUCUGAGUGCUUUGCUCUAGAGACUGAUAUGAGAGUUGAGAUUCCGCGUGUUCGACAUUUAGCACUAUAUAAUAAUGGAGAUAGAAUUCAUACAAUUCAGGAAGAAAGUGCUAAAAAGUUGCGUACAUUAUUCUUGGGGAGUGUUGUACCUGAAAACAAGCUUUUGAACUUUAGAUGUUUGCGAGUCAUGAACUUUUGUGGGGCUCAUAUUGAAGAAUUACCAAACUCAAUAAGCACGUUGGUACAUUUAAGGUAUCUUGACUUGUCAAACACUAAAAUUAGAGUUUUUCCGGAAUCUGUUGCCAAGCUCUACAAUUUGCAAACACUAACAGCACUCAAUAUCUGGCCCUUUGUGGAGCCCCCAAAAGAAUUGAGGAAUCUGAUUAGCUUAAGACAUUUGUAUGUUGAUGACAAUCCAGAACUCCAGAUGCCACUUGGGAUGGGGAAGUUAACUUGUCUGCAAACUUUGCCAUUUUUUAAUGUGGGUCAAGAUGAGGGCCGUCUAAUUGAAGAGCUAGGAUUUUUAAAAAACCUUCGGGGCAACCUAAAGCUAUGCAAUCCCGAACACGUCGGUAGUAGAGAUGAAGCUCACAAAGCAGAUUUAUCAUGUAAGGAAAACAUAUACAACCUGAAAUUUGAAUGGAGUCUGCUAAGGGAAGAUAAUAAUAGUGAUGAGGGUGUCUUGGAAGGCCUCCAACCUUCUCCAUACUUAAAAGGCUUAGAAAUCAGUUCAUAUGCUGGUAAUAAGUUCCCAUCAUGGACAAUGAGGAUGGCAGUAAGUAUGGAUGGUGACGGAGCCUUGUUACCACUCAACAAUUUGGUGAAGCUUAAGUUAGUCAAUUCCAAAAGAUGUGAACAAAUCCCAAUGCUCGGCCAACUACUGCUCCUUCGGGAACUAGAGUUGUGUAGGAUGGACAAUAUCAAAUGCAUAGGUGAGUCCUUUUAUGGUCAUCAUUGGAAUCGGUUAGGUACCAAUCAUAGUGGGGAAGAGCCAGAGGCAUUGUUUCCUUCUUUGAGAAUAAUCAAAUUGUGUUGUAUGCCAAACCUAGAAGAGUGGAUGGAGGCAACAGACGCAAGCAUAGUACCGGUGUUUCCUUGCCUGGAGUCGUUGGAGAUUUUUUGUUGUCCUCAGUUGAAAAGUGCUCCAAGCCAUUUUGCAUGCCUUAAGGAAUUGAGAUAUAAUACUGUUAAUAGUGGCGGAGCAUUAGAAAAGAUAUGCAGCAAAUUAACUACUUUGACGGAACUCGACAUCAAACAUGUAUCAUAG